GGAUGCUUCCCAUAGUACGGCGAAGGGGAAGAAGGCCUGCCGUCGUGAAAUGGAGCAAGAUGCGCACGAGCACACAGAUAGCAACAUCCGCGAGAGCACGGAACAGGUGCCGCAUGAAGAUCGAGCGGAGUACAUGGAUAUAACUCCAAAACAUGAGGAGGACGCCGGCAUGCUUUACAUCGAUCCGCGUCGCUUCCACGAUAUGUCACCUGCAUUCAUCCCUCCCAAACCUCUCACAUUGCCCGAGGCUCUGGCUCUGGCUGCAGCUUCUCAUUCGACUGGAACCCCUGCGCCCGCGACCCCGCCCUCCCUCAUCGUACGGAUCAUGAAGAAUCAAUUUUGCGAUUACGUCCGCGUGGGCAAGUAUGUGUUCACUUCCGGAAUGCGGUUCUACCAGAUCCCACAAGUUUUUCGCAACAGGGUCGAGCGAGGUGUAGGCCGAUGGCAUUCCUAUCGGCUCAUUGAGCUCUACGUCAUGCGACUGAUUCGAGUCGAAUGUUAUCUUAACAACACCAAGCUCAGCCGGAAUGAGCGCGGUUGGGUACUUUUCCGCUACGAAGUCCUUGCGAUGGCGCUAGUGAAUCUGCUGGCAGAGCUAAUGCAGAAGUAUGGGGUAGAAAGCCAUGAUGAGGCUAGUCGUGAGAUUGUUGUAGCAGCCUUGGAGUUCUUUGAGUGAGGUGUUCACCAGGGAGCGAUUGCGAGAAUACUGGAUAUAGCUCGCUGGGUGAAAUCUGGGGCUGGUUUAACCCGAUAUGCACGCCAUUAAGAUGAUCUGGGAUCAUCAUUACGGGGCACUUCCACUCACUUUCUGGCCCAUAGUUGU